AUGCAACCAUAUAAUUCGAAGCACUCUCACGCCUUUACAGGAAAUAGAUUUUGCAUCUCUGAGCAUCUUUGCAAGAAAAAGGGAGCAUUCCCCUCCUCCAAUCCCCAUCAAGACCCCUCUCCACACCCACGCCCUAAUUCUCGCUCCCAACACCCAUCCAAUGAAAAUCCAAGGAAGACAGCAGCAGAAGCUACAAAUAACAAGGCAAGUGCAGGUAGAGAAGAAGGAGACAACAACAUUGCAGCACAAACUUUCACUUUCAGGGAGCUGGCCGCAGCCACAAAGAAUUUUAGGCAAGAAUAUCUGCUUGGUGAAGGUGGAUUCGGUCGUGUAUACAAAGGUCGUCUCGAUAAAACUGACCAGCUGGUAGCAGUUAAGCAGCUUGAUCGCAACGGAUUGCAAGGGAACCGAGAGUUUCUUGUAGAGGUUUUGAUGUUGAGCCUUCUACACCACCAGAAUCUCGUAAACCUAAUCGGCUAUUGCGCCGACGGCGAGCAGAGACUUCUCGUCUAUGAAUAUAUGCAGUUGGGAUCUCUUGAAGACCAUCUACUUGAUUUGCCGCGUAAUCGGUCUCCACUGCCUUGGUUCACGAGGAUGAAGAUCGCGUUGCAUGCGGCCAAAGGUCUUGAGUAUUUGCACGAUAAGGCGAACCCUCCGGUGAUCUAUCGUGACUUGAAAUCGUCAAACAUCUUGCUAGACAAGGACUACAAUGCAAAACUUUCGGAUUUCGGGCUGGCCAAGCUUGGACCUAUUGGAGAAAAGUCUCAUGUAUCGACAAGGGUUAUGGGAACAUACGGAUACUGUGCUCCCGAGUAUCAACGCACAGGCCAACUCACUGUCAAAUCAGAUGUGUAUAGCUUCGGCGUUGUUCUUUUGGAAUUAAUUACAGGGAAGAGAGCAAUUGAUAACAGAAGGAUUCCCGACCACCAAAAUCUUGUCACAUGGGCUGAACCAAUUUUCAUGGAGCCGAGUAGAUUCUCGGAGCUGGCGGAUCCACUACUGAGAGGUGACUUCCCGAAGAAGAGCUUCAACCAAGCAGUUGCAAUAUCAGCGAUGUGUCUUCAAGAAGAUGCGACAGUGCGGCCUUUGAUCAGCGAUGUGGUGACUGCGCUCAGUUGCCUUCCGUUGCAAGGGGACACGGGAUACUCGCGCCCCGUCUCCCCUCCCUCACCUCGCUUGAAUGCUGAGAUAACGCCCCAAGACCGGGAGAGAGCAGUUGCGGAAGCCAUUGCUUGGGGCUCCAAGUCCAGGCAUAACGGCGAAAACUAGCCUAAUAUAUCUCUAAGCAUUUGCCAUGUCAAAACUUUAAACAUAUAUACAUUUGGUGUGUUAUGUCUAUACGAUCAUAUUUGAAUUUUAUGAC